AUGAAGCGUUUUCCAUUUCUUUUGCUGCUCCAAGCCCAAUUCUCCCAUGCUUUCCCUGCAGGGUCCAAAAUGCAAGAGAAAGAAAAAUUGACAUUUGCCGUGAAUUAUCUAGAACGUUUCUAUGAUCUGGGAAACAUGAAAUGGAAGUUUGUGAAGGGCGGAGAUGCAGUCGUGGAGAAGAUCGAAGAAAUGCAGGAAUUCUUUGGCCUGGAAGUGACUGGGGAACUCGACGAAGCAACACUCGACGUGAUGGCAAGGCCUAGAUGUGGGGUGCCAGAUAUGGCCCCCUUCGAGAUCACGCCGGGAAACCCCAAGUGGAAAUCCAAUGCCCUUACUUACAGGAUCCUAAACUACACCUCAGAUCUGUCCCAAGCUGACACAGAUGACGCUUUUAAGAGGGCGUUUCAAGUCUGGAGUAAUGUCUCCUCCCUGACGUUCACCAAGAUCAAUGAGGGAGAAGCUGACAUAAUGAUUUAUUUUGCCCGUGGAGACCAUGGGGACAAUUCCCCCUUUGAUGGGCCCAAUCACAUCCUGGCUCAUGCAUUUCAGCCGGGUCGGGGUAUUGGUGGAGAUGCGCAUUUUGAUGAGGAUGAGACUUGGACCAAAGAUUCUAGAGGUUAUAAUUUGUUCCUUGUUGCCGCCCAUGAGUUUGGCCAUUCACUGGGCCUUGCCCACUCAAGCGAACCUGGGGCACUGAUGUUUCCCACUUAUGCCUACUCAGAUCCCGAAACAUUCUCUCUUCCUCAGGAUGACAUUAAUGGCAUUCAAUCCAUCUAUGGUUCAUCACCUAAUCCUGUCCAACCAACAGGACCCUCUGCACCCAAAGCUUGUGACCCCAGAUUGACGUUUGAUGCCAUCACCACUCUCCGGGGCGAAAUUAUUUUCUUUAAAGACAAAUACUUCUGGCGCAAGCAUCCUCAGAUACCAUCGGUUGAACUCAAUUCCAUUUCUCUGUUUUGGCCGAAGCUGCCAGAAGGCAUUCAAGCUGCUUUUGAGGAUAAGGAAAAGGAUGUGGUUUUUCUAUUUAAAGACAGACAAUACUGGGCCCUCAAUGGAUAUGAGAUACUUCCUGGUUAUCCCAAGGACAUAUCCCUGUUUGGCUUCCCGAGAACCAUUAGAAAAAUUGAUGCCGCUGUAUCUGAUAGCAGAACAGGAAAGACGUACUUCUUUGUAGAUCACCAGUACUGGAGAUAUGAUGACCAGAGAAAAUCUAUGGAAGAAGGCUACCCAAAGCUUAUAGAAAAUGAUUUCCUUGGGAUUGAAAAUCAAGUAGAUGCAGUGUUUCAGGGAAAUAGGUACUUCUACUUCUUUACUGGACCAGAACAAUAUGUAUUUGAUCCUUAUUCCCGGAGAACCAUUGCCAUUAGGAGAAGCAAUAGUUGGUUUAAUUGUUGAAAACUGAGUCUUGUAGACUGUAAGCUCAUUGUGGGCAUGGAACCUAUCUACCAAUUUAGUUAUACUCUCC